AUGCGGGGGCUAUAUUUAAAACCCCUCCUCUUGUCUAACUCUCCGCAGUGUCCCUGCCUGAAAAGCCACGUGCCAUCCCCGAUGCCUUCCCCGGAAGACGUUCACCAGCUUCGCUGCUUCAACUCGUCGGAUUCCCCAAGCCGCCCCAUGGGCACAGUGUCCAACCUCAAGCUCCACGUGGGGCGGCUUUUCAAGCCCACGACACACGGGUCCGCGCCUAGCCCGUCACCCCCGUCCAGCCAGACCUCCAUCCCACCCUGGAAUCCGGCGCGCCGCAUCGUCACCUUCGUUUGUCUCGUGUCCCUCAUCUGCACCGCCAUCAUCGUCGCCGUGGUCGUUGCCGCCGUGCUCCUCUCGAAGCACGUCAUGCAAGCGCCCAGACCGCAGCGCUACCGAAAACUUCAGUUCAACGCCGCCGUAGAAGUGGUGCCCAAACCGCAGAACCUCGUGGACAGAACCAACACCAUCGUGGUCCACCGGAAGAGUCCGGCGGCCUGGCAGUCCCAGUCCCGCCAGCUCCAGAGUCUCCUAGACAGCUACAGGACCAAGGGUCCCUGCGAUCCAGGAGGCGCCUGCUCUUUUCCCGUUGGCCUGGUGAGCGAGAACUGCAGCGCCACCGACCACUUCGGCUAUAGGACCGGUGCUCCUUGCGUGGCACUGGUGUUCCGGAAGGUGCAGGACUGGACGCCACAGCCGUUCACGAAAGAAGACCUUGCCUCCCCGACGGUACCGGAGGAUGUUCGGGCCGGGUAUGAUCCGGGGUUGCUCUUCGUGAGCUGCAAGAGCGAGCACAUCAACAGGGACAUUGACAUCCGCUACUCGCCGUACCACGGGUUUCCGGUGCGGUUUUUCCCGGCCAGGGAGGGACGACUACCCCCGCUCCUCAUGCUGCACUUUCCCAAUCCGCCGCUCAAGACCGAGGUCUGGGUGACUUGCCGCUUCUGGGCUAAGAACCUGGAUCAGACCGGUAACGGCAAGCUGACUUUCAAGUUGUUUGUCAUGUGAGUCGCCCGAACGCUGUGCCUCAGAGUGGCGUGUUUGACCACGGUGAUCACCUGACUCCUUGACCGGCAACCGAUGCGAGUCUGGGUCUCAAGAGACAAUGAAUGCUCGUGUCAACGCAUUCUGUAAAACAAAUAUGCUGAUGGACUGUGCCGAAUCGCUCCUGACUCGGAGCCUCUGUUUACCAUUAGAACUCUCAGUGCUCAAAUAUGUCACGCAACUUGUUCAAGUCGUGUGCGGCAAGGUGUUGUCUAAAUGCCUGUGUUUUCAAGACUAGCAUUUUACUCUCACACCUCCGUGGGAUUCAUUAUCAGUGUCCCUACUUUCGUUUGUUGAAUAAUAGCGCGUAACUGAGGUGAACAAGAAAAAACUAGGGUCAUAUUUUUCUCGGGUAGUAGCUCGGGAUUCAUAACCGUAAAAGCUGCAGUGAAGUGAAAUAUUGAUCAUGCAGUAGUUGCAGUUUUACACCAGCAUGCAGUGGCACACUGCCGAUGGUCAAUGUAUUGGCGGCAGUCAGCCAUCAGACACAAUUUAUUCACUUUCAUUCAAAUCUUAAGCCUGAUCCCCAUGGUGCGAUUUCGCCUCCGAUUUUGCAGCU